ACUUGUAUCUGUAUUUGCCUGUUGUCAGCAAGAGAGGAGGGACUGUGAACAUAACCACAAGAGCUCUGUUAUAACAAGGCCCCCUGAAAGUUGAACAUUUGAAUGCUGAUUCUGUAUCUUAAAAGACAAUUCCUCUCCAUUACAAGUUGACGUUGGACCAAUACAUUUUGACAUCAUGGCAAGACACAAGAUCCUAACCUUUACUGUGAUGUUAUUCGUCCUGGCUUGGAUUUUGGGUGUGGACUCCAAGAUGGUCAGUCUCCCUCUGCAUGAUCCAAAAUCCAACUUCCCCUUAGACAUGGCUCCAGACUCUGUUGAUGACUCCUACAAGGGCUGUGAGGAGAAGAUGCUCAGGAAGGUGCAUGACUAUUACCUGCCAAAAGAGAGAGGAGAGAACAAAGAUUUCAACCAGGCUUGGACCGCUGCUGAGGACCAUUACACAAAAAAAGGAAAACUGUCUAAAAACUAUUCCCUGGCAAUCCAGGUGUAUGUGAAUGCAACAUCCAACGUUUACAAGUCAUUCAACGCUGCCACUCGUACCCAAAAGGAGAGCUACAAAACUACGUUCAAGUACCACUCCCUGCACUUCUUUUUGGCCAAUGCCUUACGAAUGCUGAACAAGAACAAGAACAACAAGAAUAAGACUUUCCAAACCUUCCGUGGAUCUAAAGACUCUUUCGAGGGUGUCCAAUAUGAUGAAAUGCGAUUCGGACAGUUCACGUCGAGCUCUUUAGACAAGAAAAUCACUAAACACUUUGGAAAUCGCUCCUGUUUUGAGAUCACCACCUACCUUGGUGCCCCACUGGGGGAGUACGCAUCUCAGAUGGCUCAUGAGAAGGAGGUGCUGAUUCCUCCCUACGAGGUGUUCAGAAUUAAAGAGGUGCUGAAGAGAACAGACAAGAAAGACCUCUGGUGUGAUGUCGUUUACAAACUGGAGAGUACUAAGAAAGAAAAAAGUGACCUGAAUUGCAGUUUGUUUAAGCAACUCCAUGGAGAAUAAAAUUAAACCAACAACACAGCUUUUCUGCAUGCUGUCAAAUUAUGACAUUUUGUGUUCUAUUGUAGAUAACCCUUAGUUUCCCCAUCCAUUGUUGCUCCCUCCCACAAAUGCAGGAAAUAUGAUUGUCAGAUCUGUCCUGAUAUAAAUGUUGGCCACAUUGUUUGCUUAGAUUGUUAAGAUAUCUUCUGCCAGUGAAUUGGCGUGUGUGCAUUGCAGCUUUUGUUAAAACCAAUAAAGAAAAGCAU